AUCGGUGGUGCUUGCAGUCCACUUUAGCUUUCGAUCUACCUUGUGUCAUGAAAUAAGUUGGCAAAAUGCGUGUAUGGUGGGCCCACGGAGCUUUUACACCAGCGAUUUGGGCAGUAGAGGGGUCACAACCCAAUUCGAGUCCCGCAAUCCGCGUCCGAUUUCGGACACUUGUUACGCCGUGCGGUGAGAAUGAUGGGCCCGCAGUUGAAUCACAACGUAAAUAAAUGUUCCUCUGGGCUAUUUGACCGACAGAUUCCCUUAUCUUUGCCGUGACCUCCUCUUUUGUUAUUAUUAAUAAUUAUAGAUUUUCUCCUCGCCCGCUCCAAUCCAACCCAACUCAGAGCGCAAUGGCGUCCGUUCAACUCAUUUUCUUCAUCGUCUUCUUCCAAGUCGUCGUCGCGUCAACGGGCGUCAAACGAAGCUGGGCGAUCCGACUCGACAUCCCCAAGUUCCGAGAAGCCCCAGCAUUCCGCAACGGAAUAGAAUGCGGCAAUGUCGUGUGGCCUUCCCAGGACAGGCACGCCCAUCACCAUCCCUCCGUCAUCCACAUCGCCAUGACCCUCGACACCUUCUACCUCCGCGGCUCCAUCGCAGCCGUCCUUUCCGUCCUUCAACACGCCACCUGCCCUGAGAACAUCGUCUUCCACUUCCUCGCAUCCUCCCACCGCCUCCGUCGUACCAUCCUCUCCACAUUCCCCUACCUCAACUUCCACCUCUACCACUUCGACGCCAACCUCGUCAACGGCAAGAUCUCCUCCUCUAUCCGCCGCGCGCUGGACCAGCCCCUGAAUUACGCCAGGAUGUACCUGGCGGAGCUCCUACCGAAGGGCGUCCGCCGCGUCAUCUACCUGGACUCAGAUCUGGUCGUGGUGGACGACGUGGCGAAGCUGUGGAGCAUCGAUCUGGGGCCUCACGUGCUGGGUGCGCCUGAGUACUGCCACGCGAAUUUCACCAACUACUUCACGCACAAGUUCUGGGCGGAUCCGGUUCUGUCCAAAGCGUUUGAGGGAAGGAGGCCGUGCUACUUCAACACGGGUGUGAUGGUGAUAGAUCUGGAGAGAUGGAGGGGAGGGAGGUACACAGAGAAACUGGAGGGAUGGAUGAGAAUACAGAAGAGGGUGAGGAUAUACGAGCUAGGAUCACUACCACCGUUCCUUCUGGUUUUCGCAGGUAAUGUGAGAGGGGUGGGCCACAGAUGGAAUCAGCACGGCCUGGGUGGAGACAAUCUGGAAGGCCUGUGCCGGGAUCUGCAUCCAGGGCCGGUCAGCUUGCUUCAUUGGAGCGGCAAGGGUAAGCCAUGGCUGCGAUUAGAUUCCAAGCGCCCUUGCCCGUUGGAUACGUUGUGGGCCCCUUAUGACCUCUACCGACACGCUUCCUCCAAUGCCUUCUCGUUUUCGGACAGCUAAGCAGCAAUAAAAAGAGAAAUAGAGAUGGCGAGAAAAACGGGAAAAAGGAGAUACGAUCAGGGCCGCUCGAUGAUUAUCUCUCAUGUAAUCAUGUUCGUUGGGCUUUAAGACAAAUGCAAAAGAGUAUAAAAGAAGAAAGUGGCAGUAAUACGCGGAAUGGUGACGUAAGGAAAGAAUUCUUGAUCGGUGAUCCAGAUCCUUUAUACAGUUGCUGUAAAUUUUUUGUUGACCGUUUAUUUGUGUGCGAUCCAUGAGGGUAUGUAUCUGUUAAAGCUUGAGGAGAUUUUUUGCAAUUAGUACAUCCAUGAUGAGGCCCAUCUGAUUAAGGGUGUGGAUCAAAAUAUCAUGGGCGCCAUUUGUGCGAAAUGGCUCUUCAGGUCACAACAUAUUCAUUAGCUCUCGUUCGUUAAAUAAGCAUGACGGCAACCGUCGACGAUGAGGUCGCUCCUGAUCGUGAUGCGGAGGUGUGGAUACAGCACCAUUUGUCUGCAAGACGUAGAAAAACACAAAAGAAAAGAAAGAUUCGAAGGACGUUUGGUUUGGUGCUAUGCUUGAGUAAAUUUGUGUACAUGUACAUGGGCUUUAGCAGGAGAAAAAUUUGAUCUCA